AACACACAAUCGUAUAUUUUCUAUAUGUUUUUGAUAUUAUCAGUAACAUCUCUUACUUUAGCUCACUUUCCUUCUAACCGUAUCCAGCUUCAUUUAUAAGAAUUCUCAAUUUGAAAUAAUCAGAUCAAAUAACCUAAACCGAAAAAAAAGAAAAGAAAGAAAAGUGACCUAUGAGUGCCGUUUUUGAGUUCGACGACCUACCUGCCGAAGCAGAAUCUGUAGUAUUAGAGGAAACUAAGAAUACUGAAAGCGGCUAUUCCUCUGAAGCGGAUAUAGCAGAGCCAAGGCAAAUAUCUUCGGAUGAAAAAUUGUACGAAGUAGCCUUGGAUGAAAGCUAUAUAUCCUCUUCACUCAAUUUCUCCAGCCAUUCACCGAAUAAAAUUGAGAAAGUUACUUUGGACGAUUUCGAGAUCUUGAAAUUACUCGGACGUGGAGCGUAUGGCAAAGUCAUGUUAUGUCGGCAUAAAGCAACUGGUACUCUGUAUGCCAUGAAAGUCCUUAAAAAGGCUUCAUUAUUCGUCCAUGCCAAAAAUGUUGAACACACCAAAGCUGAAAGACAGAUCCUAGAAGAGGUUCAAAAUCCGUUCAUUGUGCAAUUGUUCUAUGCAUUUCAAACCAAUGAUCGGUUAUAUUUGAUAUUACAAUAUGCAACCGGGGGAGAACUUUUUACGCACAUGGCAUCAGAACACAUGUUUACCGAGGAUGUCGCACAAUUCUACUUGGCAGAAUUACUUCUGGCUUUAGAACAUUUGCAUGGGCUGGGAAUUGUAUACCGUGAUUUGAAGCCUGAAAAUUGUCUCCUUGAUGGAGAUGGUCAUGUUCUAUUGACCGAUUUUGGACUCUCGAAAGUAUCAUUAGAAGGAAGCAGAGCAAAUACGGUGUGUGGAACAACCGAAUAUAUGGCUCCCGAAAUUCUUUUGGAGUUACAAUAUGAUAAGAGUGUUGAUUUUUGGACUUUUGGAAUUUUAAUGUAUGAGAUGCUGACUGGUUAUACCCCUUUUAGAUGCAACAAUAAGAAAAAGACCCUUGAUGCGAUCUUGAAGAAAAAACUAAAGAUCCCCUAUUAUAUAUCAGCCGAUGCUAAGGAUUUACUCAUUCGCCUUCUUCGAAAGAACCCUAAUGUCAGGUUAGGCACAGGAGAUGAUGGAAUUCAGAAAAUUAAACAGCAUAGGUUCUUUCGUAAAAUUGAUUGGAACGAGCUCAAGCAACGUACAGUGAUACCCCCUAUACAACCUGUUGUGACCGAUCCAUUAUUAGCCGAAAAUUUUGAUGAUGUAUUCACAAGCGAGGUCAUAAAAGAGACACCUAUCGAAACUAUUGAUUUAGACGCAAAAAUGCAAGACUACUUCUUGAACUUUAGCUACGUAGCUCAAUCGCAGCUUGUAAUGAAAGCGAUGGAAGGAAGCAGGAAUUGAAGUACUUUACAACCACACAAUUGAAUUCCGAUGCAAAAUUACUUGCUAAAUUGAUUACUUAAUCGCUCGAUCCUGGCGUUAAAUUUAACACCGAGAAUUAGUAAUUGCUUUACUAUUAAUCUUUUCCAUGCAUAUUUGAUUCAUUAUGCUUAAUAAAGGAUGCUUGCAUUAUACUUUACUUUUAAUGAGAUAGAUCUGUUUAAUGAGAUAGAU